UGCACAUGCGCAGACACGUCACACAGUUUACAGAUCUAGCAGGAAAUUAUCGGGGGAGGGAGGGAUUAAAUUAUUCCUUUUUGAGCCUGCAGAAGGCCUAGGCUAUUAAGCAGAUACAUGAGCACUCUCUUUUCUGAACAAAGGGCUGGUGAUCAAAUGCAUCUUAUCUCUGACAGACUGAAAUAUUUCUCAGAGUGCUGCCAAAUGGGUGGCACAAUCACAAGCCGCAAAAGCGAAACACCUCUCUGUUUCUCUCUCUGCGUGUCUUUGGGUUCAAAGUAUUGGCCUGUAGGCAUGACAUCUGCUGUUUGGUGGACUUAAGAGCACUCUGGAAUUUUGUUCAGGUUAAAGUCAUAUGUCUCCCUGGAAGAGAAACAAGGUCAAGUGGUUCAAAACAGGACUGAAAGCACAUACUCCUGGCUUGUUGCUGCCAAGAAAGAAAUGCUCUUUAUCCCUGGGAGUGGCAAGACUGUAAAGUGUACAGGUUGGCAUGGGGCGUGGAGGGGCAGGUGUAUGACUGGUGUGUGCCUGUGACAUACAUAGCCACUCAUGUGGAUGGAGGUGUGCAAGCUGAAGACUAGGGAGGUUCUGUCAGACCAAGGGGAGGGGUGAGCUCCUAUCUUGACUCCCUUCCACACACCCUUCUUCCUGCUACUGUGCUUUAAAAACCACAAGAACCUGCCAAUCCAGCCACUCAUGGCCAUGGUGGCCAACACUGCUUAUCGUACCUGACCGAGGAUUUCAGGGAUUCCAGUCUACUCGACUUCAUUCAUGAAUCCUGUCUCUUCCCAGAGGAUCUGAAGAACCUGUUCCUAUUUUUUCCUCUGACCUAUGAGUACCACCUGCCUUGAAGAGGAACCCAAGACUGAACCAUGAGCUCCAACUUACUUUUUUAUGGGUUGCCUGCUCUUGGGAUUUAUGCAUUGGCAUCUCACUGCCUGAGAAAGAACCCACAUCUACUCCACAAAAAGAAAAGGUUUCCUGUCCGAUGCCGGCAUGUCUCUCAUCGAGGUGGUUGCGGUGAACGGAUUGAGAACACUUUGGAAGCCUUUCAUCAUGCAUUGAGCCAGGGGACAAACCUGCUGGAACUUGACUGCCAGCUGACAAAAGAUGGUAUUGUGGUUGUGUCCCAUGAUGAUGAACUGCUACGCCAGACAGGACACAAAAUUGACAUCAUGAAGACAAACUAUGCGGAUCUGCCACCCUAUAAGGAUUCUCUGGAGGUGACAUUUUCACCAGGUUCCUUCUCCCAUGGUAAAGACCACCGGAUUCCAAAAUUGGAAGAGGUCUUCCAGCAAUUUCCCGGAGUACCUAUCAAUAUUGAAAUUAAAAAAGACAGUGAUGAACUCAUACAUAAGGUAGCUGACCUUGUUCGGCAAUAUGAGCGCUCCCACAUAAGCAUCUGGGCUUCCUUUGAAGGGAAGGUACUGAAGAAAUGCUGUGCAGCUAACACUGAGAUGCCCUAUAUAUUUUCUCUGUCGCGUGGAAUCCUAAUUCUUCUGCUCUAUUAUGUGGGGCUCUUGCCUUUCAUUCCCCUGAAGGAGUCCUUUGUGGAGUUUGUGCUGCCUUCCAUCAUGAACAGGACAUAUUUUCCAGUGGAAAGGGGCAUGUGGGGAGCACUGCUGGCAAAAUUUUCCUACAAAAUGACAAUGAGGAAAAAACUUUUCAAGCAUCUCGAAGACAGAGGAAUACAGGUUCUUCUUUGGGUCCUGAAUGACGAUAAAUAUUUUGACGAAGCCUUCAGUUAUGGGAUUUCUGGAGUCAUGACGGAUUAUCCCACACUCCUCCGGAAGUAUCUAGAUACUCAUCCACCCCUUUACAAAGAAUAAUCCAGAACAUGACUGGGAAUGCACUGAGGGAGAAGCUAUUUAGAUAUUGCCUGAGGAAAGGAAAAAGAUAUGCCACAUCAGAAGGAAAAGGAAAGAAACCCUGAGCUAAGCUUUGUAUGAUCAAAAUCUAGUGUAAAAUUAUGAAAUAAUAAAAUUUAUUGUUAUUAGA